AGCAGCACCUCAAGAAUGAGACGUAAUAUUGGUCAAGGCUGGCUUCCAUCAGAAUCUUUGGAGGAAGGCGAGCGUACUGGCAACCGAGUUCGAUGCAAUGAGCAAACGGCUAACGGUUCUGUGGGCUUUCUCGGCGCUCUGCGAAAAUCCAAGCUGUCAUGGAAUGGACUGUUUCUGUUGGUACUCAUAUUCGGUGCUGCUCUCAGCGUGAUUUUAACCGUCGCAUUUGCAUCAAAGAAAACUGAAAAUAACCCUAGAGUGAUGUAUUUCUCGAUGUUCCUGGGAGAUGAGGACCCAUCACCAACACCACGAUUGCAUUCAGUUCUAGAAGCGAAUGACGACAAGAACUGUAGCCUUCGGAAGAAUGUAGAAAACACGAAGAAAGCGAUUGAGCAGCUUGCAAAGACUAAGCUUGAGCAGAAAUAUAGCUUCAUUCUCUAUGGUGACAAAGUACUACAAAUUGGUCCGCUAAAAGCCGUCGAAGCCGCACACGAAGUACAAAACAUCAAAGCUACGCAUCAAAACGGUUCAAGCUUCAAUCAAAUUGGUGCGAUAGAGACGUUUCUGAACAAGAAAGGAACUAAGGACAUACUGAUGCAUUAUAUUCCAUGCAAAUUCACGUACUCCGCGAACGAUUCCGAAACGACGAAGUUUGUUCAAAUGAUGAAAGAUAGCGGACUUGACAGAAAAACAACACUAGUGUCGAAUACUGUGAAUGCAACGGUAGUGGCUGAAACCUUUCAAAUCGACGAGGAGGACAUAAAAAACAUGAUCAUAGAUAAAGAUCAGAGUGUUGCUGAACGGAUAGAAGAAAUAGGAAGCAAGGAGGAAGAGAAGACGACUUCUUCAGCGACAAAACCAACUCCCACCAUCGUGCCAUCGCCAACGAUGACUCGCACAGUGUCAACAACAACUCCCACCGUUGUAAAACCAUCAUCGUCGCUGUCCGUCGACAUCGCCGACAUCUAA